UACAAUUUUUUGAUCGUUUAUAGUAGGUAAUGCUGAUAUUCUUUCUAAAUUGUAUUCUAUUAUUUGGUCUUGUUUGUAAUAAUUAAUUCCAGUGGUUUGUGGGUUACUUCGAAGAAGAAAAUACUUAUUCUGUCAUUCCUAAUAAUUGGAUAAGUCGUCAAGACAAAAUAGUGUAUUGUAAAUGGCCCAGGAAGCAGAAAGUUACACCAGUCAUGCUAAGUAAUGCCAUAGAGCCUUCAAAUAACUGGUCUUUGUAUCCAGUAAAUUUAGUGGACGACUUAUGUUUUGAUAAUUAUGAUGAAGCUGCAAAAAAAGAAAGAGAGGUUUUUUUGUCAGCUUCUGAAUCCGACAGAAGUUAUAAAAAAGCCAAGCCUAACAAUUUUUCCUCAAGAAAAAACCUUUUUGGAAGUAAUGACAAUGAUAGCGACAGCAGUGACAAUGAUCAACCACUUAUGGUAAUAAAAAAAAAAAAUGAUGAAGCAAAAAGUUUAAUAUCAAAUGCAAUAACUGGUAUUCAAGAAGAGUCUUGUAAUUAUAGUUUUGAACCAAAUUCAUUGGGAUCCAUGUCUUCUAUCUCAAAUUAUGAUAAACAUCCUAAAACUAUAUUGCAAAAAUCAUGUGAAGCAAGAAAUGUAGCAUGUAGCAAUGAAGAAAAUAUGUACAAUAUUGAUCAAAGUUCUGUAAACAUUUCACAGGAACCUACUGUACAAAUGGCUAGCAGCACCUAUAUGUUAUCUGCAAUGAACACAUUAUUAAACAUGAACGAUCAAAAUGUAAAUGUUUAUGAGUCUGCAUCUCCUUUGUGUUCAUGAAAACACAACACAUAAUUCACAGUUUUCAACACCU